AUGUUAGAUGCAGCAUUAUUGUAUACAACUGAUUUACCAGGAACUUUCGAAGAAUUAGAAGGAGAAUUGAAAACCUGGAAAGCAAUAUGGAAAGAAAAACCAGUAGAUGAACUUCCAUCCACUGCAAUGGAAACAAUAUUUUUACCAUUCAUGAAUUAUUAUCCAAACAUUAAAAGGCUUUUAAUACUAUUUGCAACUAUUCCUGUAACAACAUGCACAUCUGAAAGGUCAUUCUCUUCACUUAAGAGAAUUAAAACUUACUUAAGAUCAACUAUGGGAGAAAAUCGAUUAAACGGAUUAGCAUUGCUCAAUAUACACCCUGAAAUAAUUAUAAAACCUGAAGAAGUAGUUGAUACAUAUGCUAAUAAACACCCCAGACGCCUUCAGUUAUUAUAA